GAUUUGGCUGAUAAAGGGAGCAGCUCCUAGUUGGAAAGAUUCCCUCAUAGAAUUAAAUGUAUAAAUAAAUGUUUAAAUAAAAUUUUAGAAUUAAAUAAAUAAUUUAAAUUAAAUUAUAAAUAAAAUUAAAUGCAUAAAUAAAUACGGGAAAGAACCCUAUCCCAUUUUCAUUAUUUGGCCAGAAAACAAAAGACAAAACAAUAGGUUUUGCUAACUUUUGCUAAGAUUAGGAGAGAAAAUAGAUAUUAGGCAUGAGCUGAGUUCUACCCAUGACCACCAAUUAACAGAGACAUCAUUGGAACAUGAUAGAAGAGCUUUUACCAUUCAGCAGAGUGGUUUACUGUGAGGCUAAGGAUAAACUGGGGAAAGUUUUAUGGAGAAAAGAAGGGAAAGUCAGGUGUCAAUUGAAUGGUGAUUUUUAAUGGUCAAAUUAGUGACAGCUAUCAGCCAGGCGUAUAAUGCUUUCUUUUUGCUUUAUAAUGUGCUUGCAGCUAUUUAUCCAGUAACUUGAUCUUUUUUUUUUAACCCUUAAUUAAGAGCCAACAACUUAUGACAAAUUUCAUUGGUUAGAGUACUGAUUAGGAGUGUGGGUUUCAGUGCCAGGUUGCCUGGGCUUGAAUCUUGGCCCUGUCCCUUGCUAGUUCUGUGAUUUUGGGCAAAUUACUUAAUCUCCUUGUGUCUUGGUUUCUUCAUCUGUAAAAUGGAGAUAAUAAUAGGACUUACUUCUUAGGAUUGUGUGAGGAUUGAAUAAUGAGUUAAUAUGUAUAAAGGCUUAAGAAAGAUGUCUGUGCAAAUAGUAAGCACCUGAUAAAUGUUAGCUAUUAUUAUUUUAACUUUGGCCUAUCUGCACAUGGAUAACUGAUAACAAAAUCAUUGUACCUACAUGGUUCCACCAAGAUUCCUGCCACCCCUGUAGUUUCCAGCAUGAAUAAAGAAUAUGUAGGCCUGAGAGAAGUAAAUAUUGUUUCAGUAUUUAUGGAGACACCCAGGAUGCUCGUUAAAAAUGGAGAUUCUGGGGCCCCACUCCAGAGAUUCUAGACCCUGGGAGAAGGUAAAAAAACAAAGAAGUGCUGGGUUCACUAGAAUGGCUGGAGAAAGUAUAAUGGCAAGCUAAAAUCAGGAGACUCAUCCUGUUGUUUGAACAGUUGCCUCCAGGAAUUGAGGAAUUCUUUUACUUUCAUACUUAAUUGCCCCAAUAUUUUAAAAUGUAAUUUCUUAUUAUAAAAGCGCUUUAUAUUUAAUGUACAAGAUUUGGAAAGAAUAAUGAAGAAAUAAGUCAUCUACAAUUCUACUACUCAGUGAUAAUUACCAUUAAAGCACUGCCUGCUACUCUUUGAAUUAAAAUCUCUGUGUCUGUCUCUCUCUCCCCUACUCUAUAUAUACAUACUUAUAUAUGUAACAUACUAUCCUACUAUGUCUAUAAUCAUUUAUUGUUCCACUUAAAAUUAUAGCAUUAAUAUAUUUCCUUAUUAAAUAUUCUUCAAAAACAAGAUUUUAAUGACUGCAUAUUACUCUGUUUUACCAAUGUUAAGAUUAUUUUCAACUUUUUGCUACUGUAAAUAACAUUAAUCUUCCUUGUACAGAAAUAUGUGAACUCAACUCUGAUUUCCUUAACACAGAUGAAGGAAAGACUAGAGUUAUUAGCUAAAAGGUAGUGACAUCUAUAGGUUGAUAAUGUUUUGCCAAAUUGCCCUCUGAAAAUAUACAAGUUUACAUGCCCAUUAGCAGUGUGAGUGCCUGUUUGACCACAAUUUCUCCAAGAAUGAAUGUUAACUUUGAAAACAGCUUUGACUAUCAAAGUGAAAGAGGAUGCUUUAUUGUUUUUAUUCACUUUUCUUUUAUUACUGUUGAGGUUAGACAUAGUUUCUUAUGGUGGUUGGCCCAUAAUCUUAAUAAGAAUGCAGCAUAUUUUUUUAGCUAACCUGUUUGAGACAAACCAUGUCAAAUUCACAAUUAGCUCAUUUAUAUUGACAUUUUCAUUGUUGUAUUAAUUCCCAGCUUCCCAGAGGCCACUGAGGAAACGUUUUUGUUGAAGGAAACUAUUAUGAUAGUAAAGGGCGGCUUCUAUGUAAGGCUGCUUCCAAGCCUGUCGUUGAAUCUUGUGUAAUCCUGAAGAAGUUACUUAACCUCUCCAAGCUUCAAUUUCCUUGAGUGUGAAACAGGGCUGCUGAAUCCUCACAAUAAUUCUCACGCUAAUGAGAUAGAUAUUAUUAAAGCUUUUACUAAAACGUAGCUACUAUUAAAAAAAUGAGAAGUAUUUCCCUCCAAAUUGCAAGAUGGAUCCAACAGGUAUAUCAAGGUAUGAGUAGCAUAUCACUCCUAGAAGCCAGAACUUUUCAAGUCCCAGCAUGUUACAUGUUUUACUUCCAUUUUAUUAUUCAAACAUUUGACUUACUCAGUAGAAGAGUAGCAUGGAUAAAUGGAAUCUUUUUCAAUUAAAAAACACAAAAUACAAAAAAAAAAAAAAUUGGCUGGGAGAUUGACUUGGGCUGCAUAACUCAAGAGUGGCUGCAGUCGCUGGCAGGAAACAGUACUUGCUGGUAUGGUAUUUAGUACUUCUAGAAAGUUGUCCCGGAACUGAUAGAAUAAAUCCUUUUCCAUUCUUCCUCCCUCCACCCCCACAGGGUGAAAGAAAGAGCACUAUUUCAAUGCUCUCAUGAAAUUAGCUUAUAAGACAAUUCUAAGGUUGUUUCAAACAUUUGUCUUUUAACAUUGUGCUGUGUGCCCACUGCUUGUCUGUCUAGAGAUUUAUAAAUAUAAUGAAGAAUCCCAUUCAAAGAAUUUCUUUCACUAAAUCAGUUUUUGUGGAAUGUAUUUUUUUAACUGCUAAUAUUAUUUUAAGUAAUUUUUUUUAAGUUUCAAAUUUUAGAUUAUAUCUAUAAUCUUGCUUCCACACUGAGGAUGUGAAUAUAAUGUGUACUAGCUGCUCAGCCGGGCUGACCUGAUUGACUGCCAAAUGGGUUGUUAGUACUGACAUCACUCUCUGAACUGCUUUCUCUUUCACAUUCUUGUUCUCUACCAGCUGACAGCCCAGAGGGUGGGUGCAGAUUCCACCAGAAGUUACAGCUGAAAAGCAAGGUUCAGAAAUGUCAGAUAUUCUCCAGGCGCUGCUCUGUGUCUCUGAGAAAGCUGCCAACAUCGCCCGGGCAUGCAGGCAGCAGGAAGCUCUCUUCCAGCUGCUGAUAGAAGAAAAGAAAGAGGGAGAAAAGAACAAGAAGUUUGCAGUUGACUUCAAAACACUGGCUGAUGUUCUGGUUCAGGAAGUUAUAAAACAGCAUAUGGAGACCAGGUUUCCAGGCUUGGGAAAAAAUAUUUCUGGAGAAGAAUCCAAUGAGUUUACUAAUGAUUUGGGGGAAAAGAUUACUUUGAGGCUGUGUUCCACAGAGGAAGAAACAGGAGCACUUCUUAGCAAAGUCCUUAAUAGUAACAAGUUGGCAUCUGAGGCAUUAGCCAAGGUUGUUCAUCAGGAUGUCUCCUUUACUGACCCAACUCUGGAUUCAAUGGAGAUCAACAUUUCACAGGACAUUUUGGGAAUAUGGGUGGAUCCUAUUGAUUCAACUUAUCAGUAUAUAAAAGGCUCUGCUAAUGUCAAACCCAACCACGGAAUCUUCCCCUGUGGUCUCCAGUGUGUCACCAUUUUAAUUGGCGUGUAUGAUAUUCAGACAGGGGUGCCCCUGAUGGGAGUCAUAAAUCAACCCUUUGUGUCACAAGACAUAAACACUCUCAGGUGGAAAGGACAGUGCUUUUGGGGCCUUUCUUAUAAUGGGACCAAUAUCCAUUCACUCUCCAACCUUAAAAGAAACAACACUGAAACACCCAGCCAACUGACUGAAAUCACAAACUCUGAAGCGGAAUUCUCCCACUGUUUUUCAGCUGUCAUUAGUACAAGUGAAAAGGAAAAUAUCAAAGCUGCACUGACACGUGUAUGUGGAGACAGCAUAUUUCGGGCAGCUGGAGCUGGUUACAAGAGCCUUUGUGUUGUCCAAGGCCUUGCUGACAUUUAUAUCUUUUCAGAAGACACCACAUUCAAGUGGGACACUUGUGCUGCUCAUGCCAUACUGAGGUCCAUGGGUGGGGGAAUGGUGGAUUUAAAAGAAUGCUUAGAAAGAAAUCCAGAAAUGGGGCUUGAUUUGCCACAGUUGGUGUACCAUGUAGAAAACAAAGAUGCCACUGGAGUAGAUCAGUGGUGCAACAAAGGAGGACUAAUUGCAUACAGAUCAAGGAAGCAGCUGGAGAUGUUCCUGAGCCUCCUCAUCCAAAACCUUGCACCUGCAGAUAUAAAUACAUAGAUGAAGUCUGACCUCUGAUACAUUAUAACUGAACUGUGAAAAUAUUUCCCAUAUCUCUUUUGAAGAUAGCUUUGUACUAUUGACAGUUAACAUUCAUUUUCCUCUUUUGAGGAACAUUUUUACAUUAGGUAUUAGAAUAACUUUAAUUUCAAUAAAUGAAUGACAUUUAUGCAGGAAUUAAAUCCAUGUGUAAAAUUCUCAUUGUAAAUGUUGUCUUAUUAGUU